AUGGAUGCCUGCAUUGCAUUUUCAUUUGUGUUAAAUGCGGAGACCACUCAGAAGUAUGUUGGCCCUAGGCGUUUGGCAGAAAAGACACAAAUCAUCAGUUCAUUGUUAGGUAAUUUGCUAGAUGUAGUUGUGGAGGUACAACUAGCACAGAUAGAGCUUCAAAAUCUAACCCAGACAAGUUUUCUCUGUCCACGUGCUGACCAGCUUGAUCUGCAGCUUAGUUUCUUGGAUUUUAAAAGUGGCAGGAAGGCAAUACUGACUCUUGACAUCUCGUGUUUGAAUAGGGGAGUCUAUCCUUCAGAGAUCCUUCCAUCUCAGUUAGCAGCUCCAUUCGAUGGCUCUCCAAAUUCAUCUUCACAACCACUCAUUGCUGAAAUUGGAGUUGCACUUCAGACCCUUAGAGCUGGAUAUUUGAGGAUUUUACGGUUAUGUAGGUGUGUUUCCCAGGUGGUUCAAAGCUUUGAGUGGGUAAAAACUUGUUAG